GGUAGUUGUAGUUUUCAGUGCCCCCUGAGGUGGGCAGGAGCUGAAGCCUGGGUGCUGACUGCCCUCCUGCCUUCAUUUCCCAUCGUGCUGAGGCGGGUGGUAUGGCGGAGAAGGAUGACACCGGAGUUUGACGAAGAGGUGGUUUUUGAGAAUUCUCCACUUUACCAGUACUUACAGGAUUUGGGACACACAGAUUUUGAAAUAUGUUCUUCUUUGUCACCAAAAACAGAAAAAUGCUUAACAACAGAGGGACCUCAAAAUCCUCCCAAAAGCGUCCUACCAAAACAGGGCAUCCUGUUGAGACUGACAGAAACCAUCAAGAGUUGGACUUUUUCCUCUCAGUGCAAUAAGAAGGAUGACUUACUCCACAAGUUGGACACCGGAUUUCGACUGGACUCACUGUAUACCAUCCUGCAACAGGAAGUCCUGCUACAAGAGGAUGUGGAGCUAAUUGAGCUGCUUGAUCCCAGCAUCCUGUCUGCAGGGCAACCUCAACAAGAAAAUGGACACCUUCCAACACUCUGCUCCCUGGCAAUCCCUAAUAUUUGGGAUGUCUCAAUGCUAUUUGCCUUCAUUAGUUUGCUCAUCAUGCUUCCCACUUGGUGGAUUGUAUCUUCCUGGCUGGUAUGGGGAGUAAUUCUAUUUAUUUACUUGAUCAUACGAGUUUUGAAAUUAUGGAGGACAGCCAAACUGCAAAUGACUCUGAAAAAAUAUAGGGUCCGUUUGGAAGAUAUGGCAGCAAAUAGCCGAGCCUUCACUAACCUUGUAAGAAAAUCUCUACGUCUCAUUCAAGAAACUGAAGUCAUUUCCAGGGGAUUUACUCUUUUGCUUGACAGGGUCAGUGCUGCUUGCUCAUUUCAUAAGGCUGCACAGUGUCCCAGCCAGCAUCUCACCGGCCUGCGGAAAGCUGUCUACAGGACUGUAAGAGCCAACGUUCAAGCCACAAGGCUAGCUACCCUGUACAUGCUGAAGAACUACCCCCUGAACUCUGAGAGUGACAAUGUCACCAACUACAUCUGUGUGGUACCUUUUAAGGAGCUGGGGCUUGGACUCAGUGAAGAACAGAUAUCCGAAGAGGAAGCUCAUAACCUGACAGAUGGCUUCAGCCUGCCAGCCUUGAAGGUUUUGUUCCAACUCUGGGUGGCACAGAGUUCAGAGUUCUUCAGACGCUUGGCCCUGUUGCUUUCCACAGCCAAUUCGCCCUCGGGGCCCUUGCUUACUGCAGCACUCUUGCCUCAUCGUAUUCUGUCCGAUGUGACUCAAGGUCUACCUCACGCUCAUUCCGCCUGCUUGGAAGAGCUAAAGCGCAGCUAUGAGUUCUUCCGGUACUUUGAAACUCAGCACCAGUCAGCACCCCAGCGCUUACCCAGAACUCAGCAGAAGUCGCGAGAGCUGAAUAACGUGCACACGGCGGUACGCAGCUUACAGCUCCACCUGAAGGCGCUACUCAACGAAGUAAUAAUUCUUGAAGAUGAACUUGAAAAGCUCGUUUGUACUAAAGAAACACAAGAGCAGCUAUCAGAGGCUUAUCCAAUACUAGAACAGAAAUUAAAACUGAUUGAGCCCCACGUUCAGGCCAGCAACAGUUGCUGGGAAGAAGCCAUUUCUCAAGUGGAUAAACUGCUACGAAGGAACACAGAUAAAAAAGGCAAGCCUGAAGUAGCAUGUGAAAACCCACACUGCAUUGCAGCGCCCUUGCUGCGACCUACUCUACACAUUGAGGACAGAGACCCCAUCCCCGAGGAACAGGAAUUAGAAGCUUAUGUGGAUGACAUAGACAUAGAAAGUGAGUUCCGAAAAGAUGAUUUGUAUUACUUGUCUCAAGAAGACAGAGAGAGACAGAAGCGUGAGCAGGAAGAAUCCAAGAGGGUGCUACAGGAGUUAAAAUCUGUGCUGGGAUUUAAAGCUUCAGAGGCGGAAAGGCAAAAGUGGAAGCAGCUCCUGUUUAGUGACCAUGCUGUGUUGAAAUCCUUGUCUCCUGUAGACCCAGUGGAAUCUGUAAGUAAUUCAGAAACACUCAUGAAUUCAGAUACAGAAAAAGUCGGUAGUAAUGAUACUGAAGAGGAAAAUAGUCAGACUGCUACACGUGACAAUGAAGGAAAUAGGACUGAGUAUGUAUGUGAUAGCCCUCCGGAGGGUGAACAUAAAGACACUUCCGCAAAUGAAGUCUUCCUCCAAGGAGCUGAAGAAAGAAUGUGCUACCAGUGUGAGAGUGAGGCUGAGGCUCCCCAAGCUGCUGCUGCUGGGCCCCCUGCCCUUCCAAGUCCUAGGGACUCAUCACAGCUCUCCAUUAAGCAGAGGCUGGCCCGACUGCAGCUGUCACCAGAGUUCACCUUCAGCGCUGGCCUGGCUGCCGAGGUGGCUGCCAGAUCUCUCUCCUUCACCAACAUGCAGGAACAGACUUUCGGUGAUGACGAGGAAGAACAAGUAGUUGAAGGGAGUGAAAAUGAGGUAGAAGAAAAAUAAAAGCCAAGAAGAAGUAAUCUUUUUUGAUUGUUCCUUUUGCAAAAGUGUUCUAGCUUCAAGACUGGAAAGGGAAAUGAGUGUGUGUUUACUCUAUUAAAGCUAAGACGUGAAUUUACAGGGUGAAUACUGACUUGAAAACCUAGAUACCUGUAUAGGUAGAUCUUUUAGGAACAGGAGAGAAAGGUAAGGGCAUUUUUAAAUAAACUGCUGUUUCAUUUGUGGCAAAACUGAUAAUCUUGGAAAUUCUUUAAGUACUUUUAAUAAGAAAUGAAUUUAUCAUUUUUUGCCAAAAUUUGCUGCUGGAAGAUAACUGGGACGAGUCUCUUGCAGAGCAUAAACAUUUAGAAUGAGCCUUUUCUACUGUGUCCUUGCAGUAUGUAACUGCAGCGGUCAUGUUAAUACGUUGUUCGUAUUUUAUUUUGUUUAUACCACUCUUAAGACAGAGAUACAGGUUCUAAAUAAAAAUAUUUAAUUACUACAAUUGAUGUGUGCUGGGGUUUGGAACUUAAAAGUAGUUUCAAGGGUGUUUGGGCUGUGGCAUGUUUUGAAUGUUUCGUUGUUCAUACAUGUAUUUAUUUAAGGGGCCAUACACACUUUAAAAGGAGCAUAGUGUAUCAUUCUAGGAAACACCCUUCUGUGUUUUUUGUUUGCCCCUCUUGUAACACAAAGAGAUGCUGUCUGAGUAUCACAACAUCAAAGGCCCCAUCCCCAAUGCAGAAAGUUCUAUCAGGUUAAGACAACUGUGCCUUUGCUGUAGGUAGGUUACAGUGCUAUUUUCUAGCCUGGCCUACCUCACUAAGACUCAGGAAACACGUCAGCUUUCUUGCAAAGUAUCCUUGUCCGUUUCUAUUUUGUUGUGAAGAUAGUUUCUAAAGACCAGUCUUAUCUGCUCUGUGCUCAAAUUGUGUUUUCAGUGAUAUUUUCAGGAAUAGUUGUUUUCUAAAACCUGUUGCUACUGUGCACUUACAGAGUUUAUACCCGUUAUUUGGGAGGAAUGUGAGAAAAAACUCAAUUUAUGCUGCUGUUCCAGGAGGAGAGUAUAUGAAUUUCUGUAACUUAAUGCUUUUAGUGAGGAAAUUUACUUAUUCUCAAGUUUUUUUGUUAUUUUAAUAACUUUUUUAUCCUGAGGAAAAUCUACCUUUUGUGAGUAGACUUUGUACUGUUAGGAUUUUGCCUUUUUCUGAUGCUUAGCAGUGUUAACAUGUCAGGAGCAGCACCCUAAGCUGGGCAUGGAAAUAGCCAGAUUUCGAGGGAAAGGGAACUUGCAGUGUUGUAACCCACUUCUGUAACCCUAGGUGACACGAUUUUCCAUUCUGACUUAAAUUGUUUGCCAACUCCAUUUCUCCCUUGCUUUAGAAGUUAUUAAGGAAAUUUUGUUGAGUUCUCUUAAUUUAUAACACAGGAAAAAUUAGAGUCUAGUCAUUUUUAAUUCUUUUAGUCUAUAUGAUUUGAUCAUAUCACUUUAACAGAAAUCUAUUCAUACUAUUUUAUCAGUUUUAUACUCUCUGAGCUGAUACUUUCAAAUUCUGAAAAACGAGGUUUAAUCCAGAAUUCCCAAUCUUGCAGUCUAGGACUUUAAGUGAUGUUCUUUUUUAGAUACAGCUUUUAUAUUUCUUUCAUCAUUUAAACAUUUCCAACAUAAAAGCACCAUUUUCUCUGUGAAAUUUUCUUGACUAAUUUGUUCUUACAGUAUCCUAAGUCGGUGUCCCCUGGCUGUUUUAGUGGAUCCCUGACUCACAAUAAACUCGAAGUCCUAUUUUUUUUAAAAUGCAGACUUUAAGCCAUGCUCUCUGUAAUUCUUAGUUGUUUUGGAACAAGACCUACAUACUGUUUGUGCCCAAUAAGUCUCAGAUCCUCUGCUGAGCAUCUUGUACUUCGUGCCAUGAGUACAUUUGUAUGUGGACAGGCUGAUGGGAUUCAAGAGGACAGUCCUACACUCGCUCUCCCAAGGCUACCGUACUUCCUCCUGACUGGAUCUAAUAGCUGGCCUUCCCUAUCCAGAAGAGAGCUUCUGGGAGAAACAUUUUUGUCAAAAAACUUAUAAUUGUAUUUUCCAAGUUUUGUAGUAUGAUUAAUCUUGUUGGAAAUAGUAUUCUAGCAGCUUUUAAUAGAGAUAUUGCCAAGGUUUAUUUUACCAGGAUUAAUCUAGAACUUAGAGGAAACAUGCAUGUUGUUUGGGUCAUUCAUGAAAACAGAAUUUUAACUCUUUGUGUAUCUGCAGAAAGUUGGGGCAGACAGCUAUCAAGCCUCAAAGCCUCUUUCUCUGCUUCUGUACCUCUGUUUUCUGGCAGGACCAGGGCCAGACUCUUUCUUGGCUGAUCUUUCAUUUGCAGUCCUCUGCUUUUUUUUUUUUUUAAACUAUGAAUGUUAUCUAACUUUAUAAAGUUCUUGUUAAAACUAAUUAUAGUCAUAGCAUCUGAAUCUAUGUCAUUAGGAGCUGAUGAUGAGUGAGUUAGGAAAAAGACACACUUAAGUCAGAUUGAUAAGGAUGUUGAAGAAUAUAGAUUCUAGAACAUGGUGUGACUCAUGUUUGUAAUGCCAAAACCCCAGGUGCACAGUCAAGAGGAUCCCUGCAAGUCUGAGGCUCUACUGCAUGAAGAGGCUAGAGUCUGCAUCCCAGGCCUUUUACUGAAAGUAUUCAGACUGCUGACCUUGUCAUGUUCCGAGAGUUUUCUCAGGAAAACUCAAAUUGCUAAACAGUAUUUUUUAUUUCCUAGAAAUUAAAAAAGAAAUGAUGUCUUUAAGGCUGAGGAAGAUCUGGUUAUAAAUGUAUCACUCAGCUUAUUAAAAUAGAUAGUAAUAUCCUGAUUCAUAUAAUAAAAGACAUGGUACUUGAAUGUUAAGCAUAAGAAAAGUCAACCUCUGAUACACUUAAAAAGCUACAACUUAACAGAGCGUUGAAUAAAAAUGAUGCAAGAUUUCAUUUUCACUCUACUGUUUUCUUCCCAAGUAAAACAUGAAUCAUGUUGCUAAAUGAAUAGAAAUAAUAUGAGGAGAGGGCUUGUCAUUGGUUGGUUUAGUCAUAGCAUAUUGUUUUUAUAGCCAAAUAGAGCAAGGAUACAAGAACCAAAUACUGGAGACUUAAGUACAAUACAGCUAAGCCUGGUUGACCAAAAAUAUAGUGCUUGAACAGGCAAAACAUUAGGGUUGAUUUUUUUUUCUUUUUUUAGAUCUGUUUAUGGGAACAUGUCUGUGUACUUUUUGUUUAGAUUAGAAAAACAAAAGUGCAAGAACUGUAGGAGAUUAGAGACAGCAAAAUGCGUGGUACAAUGACCUCCGUUAUCCUCGUCAGCGUGUGGCUGACUUGCAUCUUUCAGGGAAUGAAAGCAAACCCAUUUGAUCCUUGAAUUUAACAGUCUACUGAUACGGCUUAAACUCUCUCCUUCUGUCCCUUAAUUCCAGCGUGUACAGGAAAUAGCUUAACCUCUCCUCUAGUGGAGAAUAAACAAAUUUGCUCUCAGGGACAACUGAGAUGUAGAAUGUCAAGCACUCCUUUGCUGCAUAAUUUCAUAUUGCUUGCUUUUUGAGUUGUGUCUGUUUUUUUCACAGUUUCACUAACUUCCCCCAUAAUCAGCUGUCACUUUUGCCGCCAUGUUGUGUGCCUGCUUCUGCAAUAGGCCCCUAAUUUGCUGCUUAUAAUCUGGAGUGGACUGAGAAACCAGAUUGCCAAGCUUGCUAAAACUGUGUCUAAACUAAGAGUAAGUAGACUGGAAAAGGCUGAGCACUUUUCUGUCAGUUAUAUGCAUGAAGUGUGUGUUGCCUGUUUUGCUGCUUAGCAUUGUGUGUGUUUUACUAUGAACCUGCUAAAAAUACUUGGUUAAAAACAUGAAUGCCAUAUAUAUAUGGAAUAUUAAUUUGGUUUUUGUGUGCUGAUAUAUCUAGGACUCUUCCUUAAUGAAUUCAACUGUAAAAGAAAAAUUGACUGUUAUCUUUGUAUGUCAUUGUGUGUAUUUUAGAAAAAUGUUAGUCAUUUGCUUUUGUUAAUUAGUCUUCAUUCAGUACACAGGUUUAAAGUUUAUGUCAUCAUUGUGAAUUCUGCACAGCAAAUCUUACCAAGAGUUACUGGUUUGAAACUAAACCUACCUCAUUUAGUAAGAACUGGCUAGCUUCACAGGGUAAUGAAUCACUCCGACAGCCCACUUCUCUAACAAUAUAUAAAAUACACUUUAAUUUUUCUAUAUUAAAACGAUCACUACUGGGCUGGAGAGAUGGCUCAGUGGAUAAAGUGCUCACUGCACAAGUAUGAGAAUGAAAACCUUCAUUCAAAUUCCCAGAGCCUACAUAAAAAAGCUGGGCAUAUGGGUUACAUUGAUAACCCCAGCAUUGGGGUUGGAGUCAGGAAAACCCGUGAAACCAUCUGGCCUGCCAGUCUACCUAAUCAGUGAGAGUGGUCUAAGGAAACACUGAAGAUCAACCUCUGGCCUAAUGUACGCAAGCACAUGUAGACACACACACAUAUACGUACAUACAUACAUACAACCUCUUGUAUAUAUGUAUACACAAACAUACACAAAUGCGUAAAAGUAUUAUUAUUGUUGUUGUUGCUUUUGAGAUAGAGUCUCUCUCUAUAACUUUGGCUGUCCCGGAACUCACUAUGUAGACAAGGCUGGCCUUGAGAUCUUCCUGUCUCUGCCUGCCAAGUGCUAGGAUUAAAGACAUGCACUACCACACCCAGCUCACUGAUCAUUGUUAACACUGGUUAUUCUACUGUGACACACUAAACACUGAAAACUGUCCCUUCAUUAAGUUCCAUUUGAUUGGACUGGCUUUAGUUAUGUGUUUGGUUGUGAUGGUUACUCCUGCUUACUUAAGUGUGCUUGAAUUAGCAGCCAUUCUCCAUUUUCACACACGCCUUCUGAUCUGCUCUGAAGACAAGGUGACUGUGCUGGUUAAAGUGUGGAAAGGAAGAGCAAGUAGAUACAGAGUGAAAAGACAUGCUGCUUACGCUUAUCGACUUUUUGGUAGGAUUUCUUUUGACCUAUUGGAUUACAAUCUUUGAUCCAGUGAAAUUACGGGGUUAAGUGCCUGCUUUCAAAAUAGAAUUGCUAUUAUACAAAAAUAACCAUUUUUCCCAAUAUUUUGUCUUCUUUAAAGUUGGUUCUAAAAUGUAAUUCUUUUGCAGUGAUUAAAACCAGUUCAUCGGGGUUAGCAUUGUCAUGUCACAUGUUUGAAUUGGAUACCAUAUGCUGGUAUAAAUUUCUUUGGCUUUUUUAAGAGAAAUGCAUCUUCAUUUCCAAAACAAAGUUGAUUAAGCCCUGGAAAAUAAGAAAACAGUAAUUAUUAAAGAUAUCUGAGAAGUAGACUCUAGGCCACAAAUAAUUUAUUUUUUAAUAUGCUGGGUUUUUAAAUAGUAUCUUUGCUUUCCUUAAUUCUACUAAAGGAAGUAUCCAUAAAAAAAAUUCCCAAGUGUCAGAACUAAGGCCUAAAACUAAGUGGCAGAAUUUCAUUCAGUAGUUGACAUGCCUAAAUUAGCCUUUAAUAUAUAAAAUAAGCAAGAUUGCUUUCCUCUCUCAAAUGAAAACAUGUAACAUUUUUAGAUAAUGUUAGUCUGUCUAGAAGCAGCUCUCCUAGCAUCUGCUUUAUCAUUGUGUCUCUCUAACCAUGGCACUCAUGCUUCCAUCAUUACAGUUUGAGUGCUGUGCCCAUUCUCCAUGGAACUCACUCCCAUUACAUUCAGCAGGAAUGCUUUAUCCGUCUUUCAUAAUCAUGCUUCCUACAGCUGGCCUGCAGUUAUCCAUGAUAAGGAAGGAAAUUAUGAUAGAACAAUUGUAAAAAGAAUGGUCCAAACCAGUUUCUAGUGUCAAUACCACUACAGCAGAGGGAGUGGUGCCAGGCAUGGUUGGCACUUGUCUUUGAAUACACUGUUAGAGGAAUACUAUUCUACUCAGUGCAGUUGCUAUAAGCUAAAGAGAAAGAAUUCAUAUCAGGGUUCACAUGUAUGAAAUUUAGCAGGAGAUACUGAUUUUACAUGUAUCAUUAAAUGUGUGACAAAAUCCAGGUGUGGUGGUACAUACCUUUAAUCCCAGCACUCUGGAGACAGCAACAGGCAUAUGUCUGAUUCAAGGCCAGCCUGGUCUACAGAGUGAGUUCCAGGCCAGCCAAGAUUCUAUAGUGAUAAUUGUGUGCUAGCUUCCAAUGCACAUGAUCCCUUUAAAGUGUAGCACGUUAGUAGCCACUUCAGUGUAUCAGCAGUGACUCUGGUUUAUCCCUGUACUGAGAUUCACUCAGCCUAUAAUUCGUUGAAGUGGAAAUGGUCUUUAGGAUGUGUAUAUUUCUGAUUAUAUAAGCCUAAAAAUGGGACUGUCUGUAGAUACGCUAGAUAGAUAUAUUUUUCUCACUUAUUUCUUAAAAAUAGAUAAUAUUAUUUUAGGCUUUAUAACAUUUCCUAAUGGUUGAUUACAUGCAAAUAAGUUUAUUGUUUAACAUUUCUUCUAAAACUAAAACUAAAGUACGUCAUGUGUAAGUUCACUCUUUUGUAAUGAUCUACACAACCUCUUAGCCCUCUUUUCCUUCCAAGUUAAAGGACUAAAUUGGUGCCAUUUCUGAGUACAAGAAUUUUCUGAUCUUUUUCAUACCAGUCUGUACCUUCUGUCAUACUGUGACUUAAACUGUGCUUAGGCAUAGUACUAGCAUGUGACAAUGUAUAGAAGGCUACAGGAAUGUCACUCCUAUCCCUUAAAGGUUGUUGUGUGGCCCUGAUACAGCUCUGGAGGCCCACACAGGUGAGAAGCCCAGAAGGCCAUUCAAGCUGAAAGCACUCCCAAGGAGUUUGGUUUUGUUUGGGUUUGUUCUAGGUAUGGUCCCAGGGAUCCCAGAUCAAACCAGGCCCCUGGGCCUAUCCUAGAACCAACCUAAACCCACUCAUCAUUCCCGGAACAUCCAGAGUGUGAAGACUGAAGAGACCUGAGGCUGACCACACGUCCUGUACUCACCAAGACUCACUUUUUAUCUGUGUAUCUGUUGUUUAGCAAGCAUUGGCUGGUUGAUCUAUCUGAAAUCACAGUGGCAACAUUUGGGUAACCGCAUAAAUUCUCCCAGACUGAUACCACAGUACUUCUCAUAACAGAAAUUCUUUGAGUUGUUAUUAUUUGCCAGUGAGAACUGGUCUUGUGAUUUUUGUCAUCAGAUAAAAUAGACAUAAAUGUCUAUUUUAAGAAGCAGCAACUUAGCCAAACCAUCCUCAAAACAGCCUUCUUCCAGAAUGGAUGAAUUGUGUUUUCUUAACUACAUCCCAUGACAUCCUAUCAGUCUCCUUCAAGUAGAUGAUUUAUUCACACUUUCUCAAAGGCAUCAGUCCUUGUCUUCUAGUUCUAAUGCUAAGUAGUUCUUGCUUCAGAAACUAGUCUCUUUUUCCUCCCAUUGAGUCUGCUGCACAUCAGAGCUCCCUUUAAAGUUUUCCAUGGCUCCUGACAAGUAGGGUGACAUAGAUGGGCUACCCCUUCAGGUCUUACGUCAGUGUUUUGCAGAAGAAUAUUUUAAGAACUUCACUUUUCUUCCUAGCUGCUCUGGAUGUUUAAACCAUUCUACUCUAAUAAAUAUAUUAUAUGGCUUCAUAUCAGAGCCGGCAUUGCCAUGGUCAACUGAUGUUGUUUUGAUUUGGAAGACAAGAACUCUGAAAAGGCUUGGAUGCUAAAAACUCAGACAUUAUGGUAAGCAAUGAAAAUGCAUACAGUCUAUUGCACUCUAUAUAAAAGAACUCAACAUUGUGCUUUUCCACCAAUCUUUAUCACACCAGCAAAUUUAGAUCACCAGGUCACAAUUUAAAAUGGGCCAGGUACCUUGAGGCUCAUCUGAAUAGCUCAACCGUGGUAUCAGUUCUAUACCAUGGGUUUUUAUCUCAAAGAUUUGUGCUUCUCGGUGUUUUCUUCCUUGUAGUGUUUUCCUUAUGGAGAUAUUAUCUGAGAGCACAACUAGCUGUAUUUUUUGGCCUUGCCUAAAAUGCAUGUAAACAUAUUAGGUUGAUGUACAAUAUGUUUUGUCACAGUGGGAGGAAGGGUGUUAUACUCAUUUACAUCAUUCAGUGGACACUGAAAAUAGGAAAUUAUGAACUGUUUAAUUAGUUUGUUUUUUUUUUUAAGGUAGGAUUUUAUAUCCUAAGCUAACUUUAAACUUCCUGUAUAGCUAAGGUUGGCGUUAAACUCCUGAUCUUCCUGCUUUUACCUCCCAGGUUCUGGUAUUUUAAUUAUGUACACCUGGCUCUGGAUUUUUGUUGGUAGUGGUUCUGCUUUUUUAUUUUUUAAUUUUUUAGGCAUUAUGUAACUAACAAUGACUGGCCUAGAACUUGCUGUAUAGACCAGGCUGAUCUUGAACUUCUGGCAGUCCUCCUGCCUCCACCUCUAGGUGCUGAGAUGGCAAGUGUGCGCCGCCAUCCUUAGCAAAGUGUGGCUCUUUAGGACCUCUUUAAAGUAUGAGCAGUGGAGGAUCACUGGCCCACCAUGUGUACAGCCUUCAGCUCUACCUCUGAGGCCCUCCACCAGUAAAAACACAGCCUUUGGAAGUAGUCUUUCAGGUCCUUUUUCAUUUUUUUACCAUUACUUAUGCUUUAGAUAUUAGAAGUUAGAAUUCUAUAUCCCCUACCCUAAUUGAAGACUUGAGGUUAAAAAAACCACAGGGGGUGUGCUUUUUUGUUUAAUUGGGAUAAAAAAAAUUUACCAUUGCCACCAUUUUUAUGUUUGAUUCAGGAAAUGUCUAUGCCUUUAAUGAAGCAUUCCCAGAAUGUUUCAUUGUGCAAGUCUUAAACGCUUCUAUCAAUGAGAUAAGAGUUCCCCUCUUCCCUCUCCUUUCCCAUAACCCUUGGCAGGCACCAUUCUAUUUCCUGUUAGGAUCGCAAGUUCAUCUCAUUAGCAUGUGACGGAAUUUCCUUUUAGGACUGAACAAUCUACAUGUUUACUGCAUCUUGUUGAUCACUGAUCCACUGGCAGGCACUGACUGCCUCCCCCUCUUGGCCAUUAUAAAUGAUGCUGCUAUGGAUUUGUGCAGGUGCCUGCUUUUAAACAUGGUACUUUAUUAAUCACUUUCUGUGUUCUCUCACAUCAACCUGUUAUCAACUAUUUUAAAAGCUUUUAGAAUUGUAGCCUUGCUUGUGCUGUAUAACUAGUUGUUCCUCCUAAGCUUAAAGCCUCUCUAAUAAAAUCUGAAAUUUCGUUCUAUA